GGGCAUAUAUAGCGAACAAAUACCUUUUAUAUAUUUGGUUUCUUGUAUGAUAUUGGCUUCGAACAAGAGGUUCGCUGGGUGUGACUAGGUUGUGUGAAUAUACUGUGACCUUGCAAAGCGCUCAUUCACUUAUACCCCGUAAGAGACUAUGGAUCUCCUAGGAAUAGACUAUACCAAUAACUAUUUUGCGCUUGCAGCUAUUACUCUCUUGCCUCCACUGCCAUCUUCUCUCAGCGAACCAGGUUCCAGUCCACAAAGUACAAAAUACGAGGACAAGCUAUUCUCACACCCAACUUUCAACAUCAUGUCGCUUUCAACACAGCGUUAUCCCAGCACCAACCAACCGCCUAAGCACCUCAAUACGGAGUAUGGGAAUAAUACACCCGCCGCUCUCGGUCCUUUCCCACUUCCUGAUGGCGACUCUCUGCUAUGGGAAGACAUAGAUCUCCACAGAGAAGCAGUAGUAGCAUGCCCCGAUCCGACCAAAGAGCUAGACGACAUACAGAUGCGUGGAGGCUCAAGGUGGUGUGCGAUGUUAUGCAUUGCUUGCCGUUGGAAUUGCUGGAAUACGAACAGGAAAUAAGCUGUAGCUUGGUUUCGUCACGCAGGAGGGCAAAUGCAAAGGGUUGUCUUCCCACCUUCUUUGUAUCAUAGAUCGACCGGCAUACGUAAGCCUUGGUUUACAGAGCAGACUGUGCAAAGCAAAAUGGACAGAGAGAGAUAGGAUUAGUCCAAUAUUUCCAAUGAAUUUUCGACUAUAGU